UUUUGUAUCUGGCCCACCGCCCACGCGGCGGGAGAUACACUAUACACAUAUAAACACACGGCAGCAUACAUACACACACAUCCUGAGUGCAGAAGCGAGCAGCAAAAUCAGUGAAGAAAAAUGAUUUCGUUUCAACAAUCCAAACUUCUUUACUCUCUGCUCAAUUCCGGCGAACACCGGCCGUUCCACGAAAUUGUCGCGGAUUUCUUCUCUAGUUUUCAGACGUCUGUCCACUUCAGACUCUGCUCUUCGCUGGUUAUCCUCCUAGAGGAUAAGAAAAUGCUCAGAUCUUCCCAGCGUUUGGUUGCAUUCGCUAUACUAUAUCAGGCUUAUUCCUCCCAGAAGACUUCAUCAAACCCUUUCAUUUCUUUGCUAGUAGAUGCAGCAGGUGAUCAUGAUGCGGAGAAAUUCGAGAGGGCAUUUAUAAUUCUGUUAUUAGAGUCAUCUAGCUCUCCAAGUAAUAAAGAGGUUCUAAAGCAAUCUGCAGUGGACUACAUAAGAAGUUUUGAUAGUGCUUUACAUCCUUUCCCACAACAUGAUCAGUUGCAGCAGCAAUUUUGUGAAAAUAUUCACCCAGAACAAUAUCAUUGCUUAUUCAAAGACACUUCUGUUAAAAAUGUGGUGGCAGACCUUGAUAUACCCAGUGGUUGUGAUGUUGAAUCAUCUGAGUUUGAUCUACAGCCUGGAGCCAAGCCCAAAAUUGGAGCUGGGGAUAGAGAUGAGACAGUUACCGAGUUAGUAGAAAAAUUGUCAUUGCAAGGAUUAGGUCCUCAGUGGAUUAGGCCUCAUCCACCGAGGCUCCCAGUACAGUAUGAUGAACUUGUUUGGCUUAACCCCGAGAAUCAUCAUGAGCUGCUAUGGGACAACGGGAUGUGUGCGGAUACCAGUAAAGGGGCAGCUGUUAGGGAUUUAAUAGCAAAAGCUUUGAAGGGGCCACUUGCCCCUGCUCAACAAGAGCGGGUUCUCUUUGAGUUGGGUAACGAUCCAAAGCUUGUAUAUCACUCUGGAUUGACACCAAAAAAGUUGCCGGAAUUGGUGGAGAAUAAUCCUUUAAUCGCGGUUGAAGUUCUCAUUAAGCUGAUACAUUCAGCUGAAAUAGCCGAGUACUUAGUAGUUCUUGUCAGCAUGGACAUGAGCCUUCAUUCAAUGGAAGUUGUCAACAGACUUACUACGGCUGUUGAACUCCCAACUGAAUUUGUACACAUGUACAUAAAUAAUUGCAUAAAAUCCUGUGAGAACAUCAAGGACAAGUACAUGCAGAACAGACUUGUCAGGCUUGUAUGUGUUUUCUUGCAGAGCCUCAUACGCAAUAAAAUAAUUAAUGUUCAAGACUGUUUUAUAGAGGUACAAGCCUUUUGUAUUGAGUUCUCGAGGAUAAGGGAGGCAGCUGGCUUGUUCAGGCUUCUUAAAAGCUUGGAAUGACUGAAAAUCUAUUUUAUGUCGUCCCCUUUUCGUGAUGUAUAGUGUGGUGUUUCUGACGGCCUCUAGUUACAUUCCAAAUCUCAAAUUGAUAUCUGUGUAGCGUAGAAAUUUCAUUCUGUAUUUCUUGAAAUAUUUGGUCAUCCAUGUAAACAAUAAGAUGGUGACUUGAACAUAACUCAGUAUAUUUGGCAGGUGUCAUAGGAGGUAAGGGUAGUGAUCUAGAUAUACCUUACCAAAGAACGCAUUCUGAACAUUGCCAAGCAACAACAGAAUCUCAAUGAGAAAGCUGCUCAUGUUUUGCAAUUUUGGUGGUUUUUCAUAAAGUUAAGAUGUGGACACAUCACAGGUACUGAUCCUUCAUCUCUGUAAUAUGCUUUUUGGCAGGUGUCUCAUGUGAUGUUUUUUGUUCUCUCUGA